GGCUCCUCCAUUACGCUCUUUACUCUUUGGGCCGUCUACAUCGCUUCGUCCAUCUGGAGGAAUUCGUCCGAAGAUGCGGAGGUCAUGGUGAUUCCGUGUGCCUUGCUGGCGGUCCUCGCUGUGAUUGGCGGUGUCGCCUUCGAGCUGUCGGGCAAGUUCCGGUAUGACCCG